GUGGUGUUGAUCCUGGCCUACAGCACCAUUAUUGUGCUGGGAGUUCUGGGUAAUUCUCUUGUCAUCUAUGUCAUCUAUCGCUUCAAGACGCUCCGCACUGUCACCAACUUCUUCAUUGCUAAUUUGGCUGUUGCCGACCUGUUGGUCAACACUCUGUGCCUCCCCUUCACCCUCGUCUACACCCUGCAGGGUGAGUGGAAAUUUGGUAGCACACUUUGCUUCCUGCUGCCCUACGCCCAGGGGCUCACCGUGCAUGUCUCCACUGUGACGCUCAACGUCAUCGCACUGGACCGCCACAGGUGUAUCGUGUACCACCUGGAGACCAGGAUGCGUAAGGACGUGUGUUUUACAGUGAUAGCAUUGACAUGGGUGCUGAGUGCCAUCCUGGCUAGCCCUCUUGCCAUCUUCAGAGAGUACGGCUCUUUCACACUGGAGCCUGGACAUACCAUACAGGCGUGUAUGGAGAAAUGGCCCGGGACAAACACAGAUGGCACCAUCUACAGCAUCUCCAUGCUUAUCCUGCAGUAUUUCCUCCCCCUGUCCAUCAUCUCCUUUGCCUACGCCCGCAUCUGGUCCAAAUUGCGUGGUCAUGUCAGUCCAGCAGAGAGUGGUGUCAACAGCAGCGUUGCCUCCGAACGCCACCGCCGACGCCGCAAAACCACCAAGAUGCUGGUGACCAUGGUGGUGGUGUUUGCCGUGAGCUGGCUUCCCUUCCACGCCUUCCAGCUGGCCACCGAUAUUGACAGCGCGGUGCUGGACAUGCGGGACUUCCGCCUGCUCUACACCGUCUUCCACGUGAUUGCCAUGUGCUCCACCUUUGCAAACCCACUACUUUACGGCUGGAUGAAUCGCAACUACCGCGCUGCCUUUCUCGCUGUCUUUAAAUGUCGCAGUGGCGGCGAGAGGGAAAGGGGCGGCCGACUGGACAGCAUUCAUCCCGCUGGGGGAGGGGCAGGAGGGGGAGGCAGAAGGGCAAAGAAGAUAGUCCUUGAAACGCAGGAUGUGGUGUCUACAUGCCUCAACGCCACUGAUGUGUGAGAUGCCGAAGAGGGAUGGAGGAGAGGAAGACAUGGAAGAGAAAGGAAGGAAAAGAAUAUUCUUUUGUCUCCCAGAGGACAAAAGAUUGCACAUGGAGACAGAAGAAAAGAAGACCUAAAGAUGUGUGAGAAAAUAGAAACGGCACGAGUGAGAGGGAGCCAAUGGGGGGGAUUAAAGAGCCCAAAUAUAGAGGAGAAGGCGGGGAUGAUUGGGGAUUAGAAGAGGAAGAAUGACAGUAGAAACGAUGAGGAGCUGCUGAAUGACUCAAAGUCUUCUUAAACAACUGAAACUGCAUCUUUCUGAGGACAUGACCUUGCUGUGAUGGAAAAUUCCCACACUGUAAAGACAUGCUUUGAGGGUGAAGUUGUGUUUGAAGGAUCUGUGACACUUAAAAAAAGCGGGCAGGCCUGUAUGGAGAGCAGAUUAAGUAGGCACAUUUUUAUGGACAAAAAAAAAAUUACCAAAAGAAAUGGAGUUUAAAAUCUAGUCAGCACAGGGCUUUUUCUCCAUCUUCAAUCCACAGAUGAAACAUGUAACUCAAAAAUAUAAUUCACAGUGGUUUACAAAUGUGCUCUCUUACAGAAAGCGUAUGAAUUUUUAGGCCACUGUUAAAUCGAUUAAAAGAAAAGCUGGGGGGGAUACAAUUUGGAUGCAUGAUGCAAGCUUGAGAAAUUUCAAACACUGUUGUGAAAAUGUGCAUUUGCUGUGGAUUAUCUGAAAAUAAGCCAGAUUGGAGGAAUGCAAAACAGAAAACACACAGGUGGGCAAGAAGUAGAUGUGGUCAAAUUAUUCAUAUUAGAAGGGAGAAGCUUUGUUGCUAUUUUUUAUUUUUUUUAAUUGGCGGAGAAUAGAGAGCAAGGGAAUCUGAGACAAGGGCCGAAGCUGUAACUGUGAUAAAAGGAUCAGUAGGAGAAAAAGACAAGAGUUAAAUGUGGGAUAAUGAGGCAACAUAAAAAACAAGGUAUUUCAAAUGAACUGUAUCCAAUUUAGAAAGAAACAUCAGAGAAAGGAUCCCUACUUUCAAGCUAACACACGAAUGUUUGAAUAAAAUGAAAACUUGAGUGAUUUACUUCCUUUUCUUUGAUCACUUUAUCACCUUACUGAAGCCAUAAAUUUAUCACAUUGCAAUUUUUUCAGUUAUACAGACACAAAGACCAGGUCGUUAUUUUACGCUUCUAAUAUUAAUCUUAUUUUAUUCAUCUUUGCUCAGUCUACCAAGUCUUUUUUAUUGAAACUGAAUUACAGAUGGAAGAAAUAUCAUUAAAAUAUGAUUGGCUACAUUAAAGCAAAACUCAUUAGGUAGAUAUGCCAUUUUUCAAUAACUUUAAUGGAUGCUUUGAAUUCCACAUAACUUCCACAAGUGAAUAGUUUAUUCAUAGACUUUUACAUGGAUUUAGGGCACUACGUUUGCCCUCCACCAUGAAUUUCUUUUUUAAAAGAAGCUCAUCUUGUCACUUAUACUGUUAAAAUAUGAUCUUGAUUCCUGAGUUCAUAGCGCCACUGAAUGUUUUGUGAGAAAUCUUGUCAACCCAAACCCAAACACAGUCUUACGGCAGUUUGUGAACUAGUCAUGACUAGUAGUCUAUUAAUUCAUAUUUCUGUGCACAAAUCAGCUAACUGAACCCUCCCUGUCUUUCUGUUCUCACAAAGUCCUCAUUUGCAGACUGUAGCUAUACCUUGCCUAUGAAGUCAUGCCAUCUGGGAUGAGUUCCAGUCCACAGACAUUAAAAAAGAUGGAAGCUUCUGGAAAUGAAAAUUGAAAUCAUUUACCAAAUUUACCCUGUAUCUACUUAGAUUUUGUAGCUUUGGAUUCCAACCAAACAAAACUACCAAACUUCAACCAAAUGGUGGCUUAGGCUAAAUGCUGUAAUGCUGUGUUCACCAUAAAGUCACAUGAAACCUCACCAAGAGGUACCACAUCUGUACAUUUAAAAAAGUUUUCAAAUUAAAUUCAAAUUACAAAUUUGAAAGCCUUACAGCUGAGAUUGCCUCAUAGACUCUGGAUUAGCCUGAUGAAGGACAAGCCAGAGCUAAAUGAUUCAACUUCUCUUUUAUAUGAAGACAAAACAUAAAAUGGGCUUUAAGUGAGCAAAGUCAUAGACCCUCCUGAUAUCUUACUUACUGAUGUUACAGUAACUUCUUUCUAGCACUCCAUUACACUCUAGCUUUUGUUUGUCAGGCCACAAUUAACCUUGAGUUUGGUGUUACCACACCACUGGGAAUAGGGCUACAUCAUUCCAAGAGGCAGAGGCUGGCCUACGCAAUCCUGCAUCAACUCCCUAGAUAGACAUUAUGCCUCUACACUAUCAACAAGCACCUGACCUGUCCUUGCGAUUUAUCAUAGAGCCAAAAUAUCCAGAGCUGUCAGCAGACUGAGUUCACUGUAAUUCUAAAGGCUCCAACAACAUUAACCUUUGUUCAGGCCUUCCUAAAUAGGGUUAAACCCAAGAAUUCCCAAAUCCUAGGAACAACUAAUACACAUCUUUUUACAUUGAACAUUUCAAGCAUUGGUUUUCAGUCUGACUGGAAGUAAACACUGAUCUCAGCCAUCUGGAAAUUGUGGGAAAACGGCGACCCACUGCUUGGUCUGCUGGAGGUGGUCUUUAAUAUUCCAUGCUUAAAAUGAGCAUCUUGAGAAGACUGUGGUUCCACUGGUGGAAUAUAAAUAAAAUUUCACUUAAGUGAACCUAGUAAAGCUGCAAUAGAUUGCUUUUUCUAAACAUCUGUUCAAAUAAACACAUGGAAAAUCAUAACACAAUUGUCAUUGCUGGAGUCAAAAUGAGCUAAAAAGAAUCGCAGCUGAUUAAAACCAAGGGCAGAAGCAUACACAAUAAAGUCAGAAAAUGAAUGUACUGCAAUGAUAAUGCCCUUUCAUCCAAAUGCCAGUGAACUGCUUGCAAUGCUUUGUCCCACUCGACUUCCUUUGACCCACCAAACUGCCAAUCAAAUUGUUUACUGCAGUCGGCCCUGUUUCCUCUCUCUGCUCCUUAUGUACUGGGAUUCAUUCAGGUCACACAGCUAAGUUCCCUAAAACUCAACUGUUGUUGUUCAAAAGUUCCACAGAAUCUGGUAAUCAUCUAACAUAUUCGUCUUCUAUCCAGGUAGAAAGUAGCAGGGUGUUUAUAAUUAAACAUGAUUAAAAUAAUAUACUUUAACGGUUAAAAAUCUUCUCUUCAUUCAAUCAACGGCUUCAGUGCCUUCCUUCGAAGACCUAUGCCAUAGGAAUAGACAGGAAGUUCCUCCAGCAAGAUGAAACAGUUGGGAAGAGCAGGUAGUUAAAAAUAUCUUUGGGCCUCAAUCAGACAGUCCUUUGGAUCAGCCCCCCCCUUGGGGUCACCAGGAAAAAAAUUGUGUUCCCUGAUGGGUUGGUGAGUGGAUGCUGCCUAUCGCUACAUGAAACUGGUUGCAAAUAUCUAUUUGGUGUUCCAUCAAAAAAACUCAUUUGGCAUUGGUUCCUAGCAAAUUACGAUGGUUAUCUGUGGUUUGCACAGAAGAUGCUAGCUUGUCUGUGUACACUCAGCACUUCCCAAGUAGUAAGGAAAUUAUGAAAGGCAGGACUUGAAGCACAGUUUCUAUGGGAAUGUAGACCGCACACAUUUUCCAUAAAGGUUGCACCUUCUGAAACAAGUUAAAACCUUUAAACUUCUUGGUAAGGUUUAGUAAUAAACAAUCUUCGCAAUUAACUUAUGGAGUUAAAAACUUUAACUUAGUACGGUUUCAAAAGAACUCCUUAGCGGUUCGUUUAUGGUGUGAACGUGAUGUGACCCCAAUCCAAACCAACUACCAACUACUACCAAGUUUAAGUUAAAAAAAACAUCCCGUAACCAUGCAUGCUUUGUAUUCUCAAUGGGAAAUCAACUACUGGCAAUAUAUAUGACAACUUAUAAUGGCCACCUGUUAUAUUGACAACAUUCAAAUCAGGUGGUCUGCUUCUGUUGACCUAAUAUGGUGGGCUUAGUGUUAGUAAGAUAUGUCUAAAUAAUGAAUAAGCAUAAAUAAGCAUAAUGAGCACAUCCCUCAUGCUGAUCCAGUCUUGCACUAUCCCUUUUCUCUUGCCCUUAAGUAUCCCACUAUGUGCCUUGACAGCUUGUUGUAGAAAAGAAUCAAUGUGUUUCUGGUCUGGGUUAAGUAAUAUAAAUAAAAGGCUAAACUUACUAUUUUUGGAAGGUAGGAAUAUUUCCCACAAGUAAUAUCAACAUUUCGUAUGUGUUUCCACACAUAAUGUUUGCUCUUAAUUUUCUGUUAAUUAUGAACUAAUUAGUUCCUUUGUUCAAAUUGUUAUUACCAAAGGUUGUUUCUUUAAGUCUAAAAUUUAAUUGCCUAACUGUAAUUCCAACUCUCAUGUUUCCCCUGGCAGGAGUUUCAUCAACAUACCAAUUUGGUGCAGCUGGCUGAUUGAAAAACGACCUGCACAAGGUGAAUACAUAUCAGAGAUAGAGAUGUGAAAGAAAACGAAUCAAAAGUAGACACAAUUUCAUUCUGUUUCAAAAACUGCAGAUAAGCUACUUUUUUGGAGGGGGGGCUGAGCCUUGGUGUUCCUGACAUCUAUGCCUCUUUAAAUCCUUCGAUUAGAGGAUCCUUUCUCUCUGAGCUGCAUCACUGCUUCACCCGACCAGCAAUCCCACAAUCCCUCUGUUCCCUCCCACUGAACUGGUUUCUCUCUGUCCUCGUUUCAGCUCCUCAUCUGUCUCUUUUCCUCCUAUGAAUGCAUGCAUUAAGCAGCUAGAAAUGGACAAAAAGUAUAUGAAAUAUGUCAGUUUUCUUUUGAUAAGUCUAAGUGCUUAGACACAAAAACAAAAAAAUUAUGCCUGCAAAUUUAUGUGUCAAAACUAACAGUUUAGAAAUGACAGAUUUAAUUUUUUAAAAAAUGACCUCAAUUAUUUAAUUAUAUUUGUAAACAGUAGCAAUUUUUAACCAUAAUGUGCUUUAUUUAAAUGACAGACUUCUGACUUAGUCGUUGGGAUGAAUUUUCAUUGCUAUUAUACUUACGUGGACAUAUAAAGCGGUUCAGAAGGGUAGGUUGAAGAUACAUGGUUUGCUCAGACUCCCCAGAUCCCCAAAUGAGCUAUGUGUAAACAUCAACAUCCACUCUUGUCCACAGAGUGCUACCCCGAAACAUCUUUGUUUUGGUGAACUGCUCCCUCAUCUCAAAGUCAUUGGAUGUUUUUCAACGAGGUAUUUGGUUGGAUGCCUGAAAUAAGUUUCAGUUAUGUCCAUUUAGUUUUGUUUUGUUUUUCAACAACAUAUGUAAGAACAUUGGCCAUGCCCUAAAAAAGUGCUAACAAUUGGCUAAGUGCAACUACAUUUCGUCAUAAGAUCCAAAGUAAUGCUCAAUUACAGUUUUCCCUACAAAAAAAAUUAUCCUCAGAGCAAUCCACUGGGAAACUUUAUUGGGUAAGCCGGGGUUAUGAACAGAGAAUUAGCACUUAUUAUUAUCAGAAUACUUUUAGGGUUGCACUGAUAUAUAAGGCAGAGGAAACGCAAAAAGAAGAAAAGCAACCAUAAAUCACUUUUUACAACUCACUGAUUGUAUUCCUUUUUGUAAUUUUGGUAAUUGUAACUUUCAAGUUAACACAUUAUUCAAAUUUUUUAACCAACCUUUACCCCUCCUUUGGAGGCAUUUUAAAAGGUUGGGUUUAAACAACACCCUCACAAUGUUAAAUAUAUUGAAAAGCUAACUUUUGCCCUUUCUGAGUCUGAGGAACUCCCACUGAUUCCAAUAUAUUACUCAGCAUGUUGAAAAUUUUAAACAAAUGGCUAACCACUAUAUUCCAUUAUGAAAUACGCAUCAUUUCCUGAAGAUUUUACGUGGACUUAUGCAUCCUCCCAAUAUAAAUCUUCCAAUUAUAGCUAGACAUUUUUUAAAUUCCACAAAUGUAGCUAUAUCUCAUCCAUCUAGCCAUCUAUCUGUCUUUUGCUUAUUCAGUUCAGACCUUAGAAUCUUGAAAAAUGAAGGCAAUUGGACUUCUUUAAGUUGCAUUCUUUAUUUAAGCUCAUAAGAUUAGCAUUACUUGGAUGAUCGAGAACCUAAACACACAUUUCCAGGUCAGUGUCAUGGUCUAGCUUGGGCCUAUUCUGAUACCAUCUGUCUUUAUUUCCCAGUGAACAACAUUAAAAGAUGAACUGAAGAAUAAUAAAACUUGCCCCUACUUUAUUACCCAAUGAAAUCAGCUGUUUCAUUCAGUCCCAUUGCUCACAUAUGUAUAAAAGCAAGCACCUAGCCAUGCAGUCUGCCUUUAAAAACAUUCGUCAGUUGUUCUGAAGGGUUCACUGAACUUGAGCGUGGUAAUUUAGCAGGAUAUCACUGUUGCAACAACUUCAUGAAAUUUCUUAAAACUCUUAGUUAUUCCACAACAGCGUCUGGACCAAUAAAGUUACAUGUCCACUAAGCCUCUUCUGCUACAGUAUUGGACUCCUGAUUUAUCUUCCUCAAAUGACCAACUAAGACCAAACAGAGUAUCUUAAUAAAGGUAAGCCUGGAUGUUAUUAACAUUGCUAGAAAGAUACAAAAGGAGAUGGACCAAUUGUUUCCAAUUGUUUCCAUUUUCUCCAGAGUUCUCAAUUCAUGAGAUGUAAGUCUUUUGACUCAUAUGAAUUCUAAACACUGUCUAUUAGUUUUUCAAAUGGUCCAAAGUCUCCACAACUGUGUCUAUGAAAAAAUACAAUAAAACCAUCAGUGGAAAAAACUGUAGAUGUGGCAAAUACCGUGGUACCAUAGCUUAAAAAUUCCUUUGAAAUUAAUCCAAAAAUAAGAUAUGAAUAGAUUUAACCUGCCAACAGGGAGUUUUCUGUUAGAACAUAAUGUCUUCAAACAAAAUUCACCACGGGAGCCAUGGUUUACUUCUUCAAUGUGUUUUUGGGUUUUUUUGCCAACAUUAUUGUUCCAUUAACUGUUAUCUUGGGCAAAAAUAUUUUUCUUUUGUACUGCUUUAAAAAAAAUUAUAUGACUUUUCCCUUUCACUGAGUUUCAAAGGCCAAAUUUAAACAAAUUAAAAAUGAAAUACUUUCAUAAACCUCUGCUUUAAAUGCUUCUGGUGAUUAAAUGGGCUGUCUUUUCUGUUUGUUUGUUUGCUUGUCUUAUAAGAAAAGAGUUGAACAGAUAUUUAGCUCCUUACAGGUUAUAUUGUGCCAGUUUGUGACAGAAGGCCACAGAUGCUGCUCGACCUUUAUCAAAUAUGAAUGUAAACUGCUUUGUAACAUGGCUGUAAUGUUGUAUAUUCUAUAACUCUGUGUAAAUAUUGACUGUGUGAACGACUGUAACCAAGCACAAACUGUUGGCCUUUAACAGUGUCCAACAACAGAUGUACUAUUCUCAAGCACAAA